GAAACUCCAGCCGAGUUCCUCGCCUACACAGGCUAUUCAAACCCAGCUUUGAACGCAGUCACUCCUCCCGGUUACACAAACACCUUUACCAACCUGCAAGCCAGCAGCAACGCAGAUGGCUAUGGCGGUUUCACCGUUCUCCCCAGCUACGACGUGGCCUCCUGCGCAGCUCAAUGCACAUCCCGUGCCAACUGCCAGGCCUUCAACAUUUACUUCGAGCGCUCUCCUGCUGCAGCACCUUCAAACUGCACCAGCGCUGCAACCAUAAAAUGCGUAUUCUGGAGUGGUGCUGUAACUUCCUCUAAUGCCCUAAACACCGGCUCCACACAAAACAACUUCCAAAUUGUUAUUGCGGGAUCAAACGGCUAUGUUGCUUCUGCAAUUUCUGUACCUACUGAGUACUCUGCGCCUAUUUACCUCGGCAGUAACGCAAUUCAAGCACCUCUAGAUUGCAAUGGCAAAGACACCUAUCUCGGUUUCCAAACCUUCAACACCACUUUCGAUGCAAGUAGAUGUGCGGCAGCAUGUUCAGCUCAAGCUGCGUAUGCACUUGCUCACCCACCCAGUGAUGGAAGCAAGCCCAAGACAUGUCAGUUCUUUAAUACGUAUAUGGAGAGCAAGAAUGGAGUUGCAAAGGACCAGAAGUGUGUGCUGUAUAGCCAGACUUGGGGAAAGAGUGUUGCAACUAACACUGGAUAUGCUUAUGGCGAGGAUGUUUAUGGGGUGGGUGUGUCGUAUGCUUAUUCUAAUGCUGCGGAU